CUAGAUGCAUGUCAUUCGCCUCAUCAGCCUGGUUGCCGCAUUGCUCUCUUUGACAACUGGCAUCAUGGCUUUCCCAAGAGCAGCCCCGAGCCAGAUGGGUGCCGCGCGUGCGAAGCAUACCAGUCGUCUUGAUGCUCUGCCUGGCACUCUUGAACCCGAGAAAAUGACCAACGCUCAAAGACUGGCGAGAGGCCUGCCCCCAAACAAACCUGUCCGCCUAACCUUAGGGCAUCUCAAGGCGCGAGCAUCUGCCACAGUGAUGACCGCUGUCGCCGCCCCGAAGCCCACCACUACUUCAUCAUCCUGUACUACCACCACUGGCACCAUCGAAGUAUCGCAUAACGGAAAUACGAACCAUACCAUCACCAGCUACCUGUCAGAGUCGGCUAGUGCGGAUGGCUCUCUCGGCGUGACUCAGAACACGAGCCGGGCGCUGUCCGUCAGCUACCAGUCGUGCCGCGGAGACACCAACGCGGCGGUCAAUCUCACCUCUCACAAUGCCUACUUGAUUGGUAUUCCUUCGGGUACGGCUGGAGACAUAAUUGGCCCUGGAUCCUCCAACCACGCCAUGCUUAAAAUGCUUGUGAUUCGUCUUCUUCAGGCCGAGCGUCGCCGCGUUUCAAAUACAGUGGGCUCAUUGCAGUGGACUGUAGAUGGCAUAGGCAACGUCUUCCCUCAGUGGAUCGAUGCCAAUGGCUCUACCUCUCGACUAUACUACGUCUACAAUACUCGAAGCGACUCCAUUAUUCUCACUGGUGACGUGGGGAAGUAUCUCAGUGCGUUUCCCGGCCAACAUGCGAUGGACUGGCACUUCAUCCAUGUAUGA